UCAUGAAGUAUCACAUCACUGCUUCAAUAGUCUAAGGCAUUCAUAGUACGAUACGGGAGGCGACAUAUCGCAUUGAAUGAUGCCAGAAUAGUCUGUUUUGUUGGACAAACACCUCACGUGGGAUAUUAAGGUGUAUAAAUGUAAGUGUUAAUAGUAGACAAUUUAGUACCGGAGCCCACUGCAAUAGUUUGUUUUAGUAAAAGGAGUUGCAGGAAUUUAUCUCGUAUUUUUUCUUUUAGGAGUUAGUUGCCGUCAUUUAAAGAAAAAAAUAUGCUGUGUCUGCGUGACUCUGGGGAUUGCCUCCGGGAGCAGAUGACCUACAUGAUGAGGUCUCUCCAGGACCUGAAGCAACUGAGGAGGAGCUGCCCUGCCCCUGCCACCACCCCUGCCCCUGUCACAGCGCCCCGCUCUGCUGUGGCUCGCCUUAGGCAGCAGAGAGCACUGCGAGAGAGCCGCACUCGCCUACGCAUAUCGGACGCCAGCACGGCCAGCACGUACGACUCAGCCUGCUGCUUGGCCAGCCCUCUGGAGGAGGAGGAAGAGGAGGACAGGGAGGCAGGCAGCAGGCUACGUCUCAGUCUGGUCCUGCCGUCACCCAGCAGUGAGAAGAGUCUGGAGUUUGACUCGGGCUACUCCGAAGCAUCCUGGCAGGACGAGGGGGUGGUGCUGAGGAGAACCAGGAACGUUCGAGUCUCCUCCUCUGCCUGUCUCCGCACCAACAGGUCUUCGAACGGCAGGGUCCGGCCCAAAUCCACCUCAGACGCCUGUCUGGAGACGUGGACCUCAUUUGAGGCCAGCGACCCUGAGGACUGGACCACAUCCCUCCUGACGCGAGGGCGCAACCGCCAGCCUCUAGUGCUGGGAGACAACAGCUUUGCUGACCUUAUAGAGAACUGGAUGGACCUGCCUGAAUGUCCUGAGCCCACCGAGCUAAAGCCUAGCUCCGGGCAGAAACUGGCUAAAGGCUUCCUGGUUAACAUGCGGAAGAAAAUAGCAGGGAUGUCUAAGAGCGUGGAGGGCCGGGUGAGGAUGAGGCCCUCAGACUCUUCCUCUCGAGUGAACAGAACUGCUAUGGCUCCCAAACGCCUGUCCUGUCCCGUAGGGGUGCAGCCCCGCGCCCCUUUCUUCCACCAGUCCCACUCAGGCCUGCAUGAGCUGGACACAGACUUUUACCACUUCACAGCCCUCAUGAAGUCUGGCAGCCGUCAGCCUAUCAUCUGCAAUGACAUCAUCGGUUACAUUUGAGCUGGGUGGGUUCAGAUGGACAGAUUCCUGUUAUUGUGAAUAAAUGGACAAUCCUUUAAGAUACUCUAUUUUUAUGUUCUCACAAUUAUGCUAUGACAAUUAUUUCUGCCAAAAAUAAAACAUAUUU